UCUUUCUCGCUCUUGUUUUCUCGUAGAGAGUCUCUCUCUCUAUCUAAUUACAUUUUCCGGGGAAAAGUUUCUCGGGAAAAUUAGAAGAAAAAAAGUCUCAAGAAAGAUUUAUCUUCGUUGAAUCGCUGCGAUGAGUAAUCGUUUCAUAUGCUGUUUCGGAGGCGGAAGCUCAAGUAAAGUAGUGCAAGAUCCAUCGGAACUACCGCAACAGCAACCACAAGAAUCACCGGAUCCAUCGGAUUCAUCCGAUACAUCGGAACAACCAAAUUCACAACCGCAUUCAUCGGGGGGAAGUGGUGACGACGAAGCUCCGAGUACGGGAGUUAAAUUUCGAUGGCGUGAAAUCGAAGACGGAACCGAAAACUUCGGGAUAACACAUUUGAUCGGCCAAGGCAACUACGGCAAAGUCUAUCGCUGCAAUUUCCCAAGAAUUCAUAAGGUUGGAGCUGCAAAGAUUCAUAAUAAUAAUAUCACAGCUGCUCUUAGUGAGUUCAUAGCAGAGACUACAACGUUAUAUGCAGCUGAUCACCCAAAUGUGAUUAAACUUCUUGGCAAAUAUUUUGGCAUACAAAAAAGUGUCCUAGUCUACGAAUUCAUGCCUAAUGGCUCUCUUGACCACCAUCUCUUUGCUCAAGCAAGGCAGGUUCAGGGUCUAACGAAGCCAACUCGGGUUUUGGAUUGGAACACAAGGAUGAGAAUUGCUGUGGGUGUAGCCGAAGGUCUGGUUUAUGUACACCAGGGGCUUUAUGCGAUUCACAGAGAUGUCAAAGUCGAAAACAUCUUACUUGACAAUAAUUUUGUGCCGAAGUUGAGUGAUUUUGGAUUUGCGACUAAGAUCGUUUACAAUUCAAACGGUGUUGAGAGGCAGAGGGAGUUCAAUUCGAGUGGAACUCAAGGAUACAUAGCACCGGAAGCAGAGGAGUUCGGGUUGAUUUCGACAAAGUCCGAUAUCUAUAGCUAUGGAGUUUUUCUGUUAGUGCUUUUAACUGGAAGGAAAGCUUAUGAUAUGAAGAGACCUGUUGCGAAAGAGAAACUCACUGAUUGGUUAAUGCCAGUAUGGACUAGACUGGAGUAUGCGCCUAUGGUAGUUGAUGUUGCCCUCGGUAAUAAGUAUUCGGUUGAAGGUUUAAACCGCCUAUUUCAAACUGCGAGGAUGUGUAUAAACGCACAGGCACUUGAACGGCCUGCGAUGGAUUUUGUGGAAACGAUGGUUCGUGAAGCUGCAGCUUUCCCAGUACUCCCAGAGGAGACCCCUGUGACCGAGAGGUGUUCGACUUCGACAUAAGAGGAUUUCUCAGGCGGUUUUAUGUAGGCUUUAUUUUUUUGGUGUUUGUUUUUUCAGAAACAUAUUAUAGACUUUGUUGUGUAACGGAUGGUUUUGUUAAUGUUUCUUCCAUUUGAGACAAGAUCAAGGUGUGAAACUUUUGAGACAAUGCCAUCUGUGCAAUAGUUGUUAAUCAACGACUGAGAUCUCUUUGUCUU